GACUCUCUAAAGAUGGCCGCGCCCUGUAACCGAGGGGUGUGACAUAAUUUUAGUUGUACAACAUUCUGGAUGACAGUUAAGAAGCAGACAGCAUUGUGCCACUGACAUCUAGGACAAGUAAACAUCAUUUCUACACUUUCUCAACCAUUGUAUCAUCUGUCCCAUCAUGGAAAAUGACGAUCUAAUACUCCCCAAAGACUUCCCUAAGUUGAAGAAUGAUGCAUUCCUCCGUGCAUGCCAAGGCCAGGAGACCAACCAUGUUCCUGUGUGGUGUAUGAGACAGGCUGGACGCUACCUGCCAGAGUUCCGUGAGUUCAGAGCUGGGAAGGACUUCUUUGAAACGUGUCGGUCACCUGCAGCCUGCUGUGAACUCACUCUCCAGCCAUUGAGACGUUUCCCAUUUGAUGCUGCCAUCAUCUUCUCAGAUAUCCUGGUUAUCCCACAGGCCAUGGGUAUGGAUGUCCAGAUGGUGGCAGGAAAGGGCCCUACGUUCCCAGAGCCCCUAAAGGAGCCAGAAGACCUGCUGCUCCUGCAGCACAAGGUGGACGUCAACAAGGAGCUGGGCUAUGUCUUCAAGGCCAUCACAUUGACACGCCACAAACUGGAUGGCAAGGUCCCUCUGAUCGGCUUCACUGGUGCCCCGUGGACCCUAAUGGCCUAUAUGAUUGAGGGGGGAGGCUCAACAACCCACUCCAAGGCUAAGCGCUGGCUGUACCGCCACCCUGAGGCCAGCCACAAGCUGCUAAAGAUGCUGACUGAUGUCAUCGUAGAGUACUUGCUGGGACAGGUGGCUGCUGGGGCACAGGCCUUGCAGGUGUUUGAGUCCCAUGCUGGCUGUCUGGGCCCAGUGGAGUUCCAGGAGUUCUCCCUGCCCUACCUCCGAGACAUCGCCCGUAAGGUCAAAGACCAGCUGAAGGAGUCAGGCCAGGAUGUCCCCAUGAUUGUGUUUGCCAAGGACGGCCACUAUGGUCUGGAGGACCUCUCUCAGUCCCACUAUGAGGUUGUUGGUUUGGAUUGGACCAUCGAUCCACGCUCAGCACGAGAACGGACGGGAGGAAAGGUUAGUCUCCAGGGGAACAUGGACCCCUGUGCACUCUAUGCCCCCAAGGAGCGUAUAUCGGAGAUAGUGAAGAAGAUGCUGGAAGGCUUUGGGACCAGAGGGUACAUAGCCAACCUGGGCCACGGGCUGUACCCUGACAUGGACCCAGAGAAUGUGGGUGCCUUUGUAGAAGCUGUCCACACUCACUCUCGCCACCUCAACCUCAAGUAACACCCCCGUCACCUUGCAACAUUGACCACAGUCAUCAUACUAGCAGAGAGCAGCGCCCAAAGAACUAAGCAACAUUGCAUUGGAUUAUAGAGACAAUGUAUCAUGUAUUCACAGAAAACCAAUCUACCAACAGGUCUUAUCAAGUAUGUUAUCACAGGACAAAUCCAGACUUGCGCUACUAAAUUUUUGUCCAUUAAAAUAACAUCAUAUUGAUCAGAAAUACAGUGUAGACAUUGUUAAUGUUGUAAAU